AUGUCGUCCGACGGAACGCUGCCCACUCUUGCCGACCGCGUUGCGGUCGUCACCGGCUCCGGCCGAGGCAUUGGCCGUGGAACCGCCCUUGAAUUGGCGCGCAGAGGCGCCAAGGUGACAAUUAACUACGCAAAGUCGGCUUCCGCGGCCGAGGAAGUCGUCAAGGAGAUUGAGGCGAUGGGCAGCGAGGCAAUUGCGGUGCAGGGCGAUGUCACGAAACAAGCGGAUAUCGACAGCAUCUUCCAGGCGACAGUCGCAAAAUGGGGCCGGGUGGACAUCGUCGUCAGCAAUAGUGGCAUGGACUCGUUUGAACGAGCCGUGGAUAUUACGCCGGAAAAGUUCGAUGAAGUCUUCAAUCUCAACGCUCGGUCACAGCUGUUCGUCGCUGUAACGGGCUACCGCUACAUGAAGGAGACGGCGUCUCCAUACGCGCGGCGGAUCAUUCUCACCUCGAGCAUUGCGGCGCGCAUCAUGGGUGUGACGGACCACGCUCUCUACGCCGGCUCCAAGUCGGCCGUUGAAGGCAUCACGCGGGCAUUGGCGACCGACUUUGGCCCCGACCGCAUCACAGUCAACGCCGUCGCGCCUGGUGGCGUCAAAUCCGACAUGUUCGCCGAAAUGGCUACCCAUUACAUCCCAGGCGCCGACAAGACCUGGCCGGCCGAGAAGGUCGAGGCUGCGAUGGCCGGGGCCUGCCCCAUGCGCCGAUGUGCGUUGCCAAGUGACAUUGGGAAAGUCAUUUCGUGGCUGGCUGGAGAUGACAGUGAAUGGAUCACGGGCCAGGUGAUCUUGGCCGCUGGUGGCUCGUCCGUCUAG